CCAAAACUCUCGAGAAGCAAAACAAGAAAAACGAUCGAGUGACCCAGAGAGAAGUCGAGAGCCGUUUCUCUUCUUUUUCCAUAUAUAAAACGAAUACCUGCAAUCAUGUCGAAGGUGUUUCUGGCCACCGGUCGUGCGAUAGGACCUAGAAUUCACACGAUGAGGCAAAUUCAUAUGACAAAAGUCUUCAAAGGGACUUUUACAUCGACGGACGCUGUUAUGCCCAAACCUCACACGACCAAAAUUCUGGGAUACAUGGGAGUUACUCUAGCGACUUCUCUGGGAAUCUUUACUGGUGCUGAAAUAAGCAAGAAUAUUGCAAGCUUCUUAGAAGAAAAUGAACUAUUUGUUCCCUCUGAUGAUGAUGAUGAUGAUUGAACAUCUGGUUUUCACAAAAAAUAGAAGGUUUGUGAAUAUUCAUCUAGUCUCCCCCUCAACGACUCGGGUUUGGACUCCAAGAAUCAUGUAUAGUGCAUGAACCAAGACCCUUAUCAGUAGAUUUUAAGAGAUGUUUACCAAUGUUAGAACUGCAAAUGUUAUAUAUAAGCAAUUUGUUGUUGAAUUGAAGUUUCAAGAUGAUUAUGGUAUGAACCUGCCAAUGUAUUAUCCAUAGACUUAUGCAUUUAUUACUUAUUAACUUAAAAGUGAUUUCUUUCUUUUAUAACUGAAAUUGGAGGCUCUCAGUCUCAGUUUUUUCAAGAAUUAUAUUGAUUGCAAUUAUCUAUAGCACUUUGAAAAAUUACCAUUUCCUGUUUGGAAUAUUUGACAUUCAUACUGUAGGAAAAUUAUGGAAAACUCAGUUUGAUGAUCUAAUGGUUGUAAUUACUGCGAAGAUUGUUAAUCAUUUUUCAACCCUAAAUUAAAUGCUGUUGUUUUAUAAUUGACAAUUAAAACACACUAACCAUUCAGUGUACUUACCUAUAAAUAAAUUACUGAAGAAUCA